AUGGGGGUCCAGGGGCUCUGGAAGCUGCUGGAGUGCUCCGGGCGGCAAGUGAGCCCGGAGACGCUGGAAGGGAAGAUCCUCGCCGUGGAUAUUAGCAUUUGGUUGAACCAGGCACUAAGAGGAGUCCGGGAUCGCCAUGGGAACUCGAUAGAAAAUGCUCAUCUUCUCACUUUGUUUCAUCGGCUCUGCAAACUCUUAUUUUUUCGAAUUCGUCCUAUAUUUGUGUUUGAUGGGGAUGCUCCACUGUUGAAGAAACAGACUUUGGUAAGAAGAAGGCAGAGAAAGGAUUUGGCAACCAGUGAUUCCAAAAAAACUACAGAGAAGCUUUUGAAAACAUUUUUGAAAAGACAAGCUAUCAAAACUGCCUUAAAAAGCAAAAGAGAUGAAGCGCUCCCCAGUCUUACUCAAGUUCAAAGAGAUGACCUCUAUGCUUUGCCACCUUUACAGAAGGAGGAAAAAAACAGUUCAGAAGAAGAAGACGAAAAAGAAUGGCAAGAAAGAAUGAGUCAGAAACAAGCAUUACAGGAAGAGUUCUUUCAUAAUCCUCAUGCGAUAGAUAUUGAAUCUGAAGACUUCAGCAGCUUGCCUCUUGAAAUAAAGCAUGAAAUCUUGACUGAUAUGAAAGAAUUUACCAAGCGAAGAAGAACAUUAUUUGAAGCAAUGCCAGAGGGGUCUAAUGACUUUUCACAGUACCAGCUCAAAGGCUUGCUUAAAAAAAACUAUCUAAACCAACACAUAGAAAAUGUCCAAAGGGAAAUGAAUCAGCAACAGUCCGGACAAAUCCAAAGACAAUAUGAAGAGGAAGGGGGCUUUUUGAAGGAGGUAGAGUCGAGGAGAGUGGUCUCUGAAGACACUUCACAUUACAUCUUGAUAAGAGGUAUUCAAGCUAAGAAAGCUGCAGGAGUGGGUUCAGAGGCUCUUCCUUCUUCCAGUGAAAUGCAGAGCAAGUCUUUUGACGUGAAGUCCUCUCCAUGUGGAAAACUAAAGCCACAGGAAGAGCCUGCCACCACCCCUCCUCCUCCAAGAACGUCCCUGGCUGUGCAAGCUGCCGUGCUGGGGGGCAGCUCGGAGGAGGAGUGGGAGAGUGAGGGCCGAAGGCAGUCUGACGGGGAGAACGUACCCGUGUCACCGCUCACUCUCUUAGCUAUUCAGAAGGCUCUUGACGACGAUGAAGACAUGGAAAUUCGCGCAGGUAACGAUGUGCAGACGGGAGCGUCAGGAGUGAAAAAGCCGCCCGAGAAGGGUUCUGAUGAGGAAACUGAUGAAGGCCUUAAGGAAGUUGAUGGAAAAGGAAUGCUGUUGCCAGCAGGACCCCAUCUGGCCUGUGUGAACUCUGCACAGGAGUGCGACACCAGCCUUGACAGUAGCCAGAGGCCGGCAGACUCGGCUCAUGUGUCACAGCCCGUCAGUGAAUCUUGUGUUCCAGAAGAAGAAAUGUCACCGAGGUUCACUGUGGCGAACACAGCCUUUCAGACAAGUGAUGAGUCCGCAGUUAAGGGUAGAAAACAUCCAGUUCCUUCAGAAAGCACAGUGAAGAGACACAGCGAUGCACCCGGACUCCAGAGUGGAGGAGAAGGGACUCCAACACCUCCGACAAGUUCGAGUUCUGUAUUGACGGAUGAAACAUAUGCCAAAGUGUCUGAGCUGCAACCAGACCUUUGUCCAUCGGGCAGAAAAUAUGUUUCCUCUGUUCUUUCAAGUGAGGAUGAAGCAGAAUGUGAAAAAAGUCCUCUUUCUAAAGUCACUGGCACUGUCAUUUUGCACGAAACGAGUAAUACACAAAUUGUCCCUUCAGAGGCAAAAAGGAACUUGAAAGAUGCAGGAUUGUUUGAUGCUAAAGAGAAUGAGAAUUUCCUGAAAACCGUCCAAGAAUCUGCAGCCAAGAACCCAGUGGAAUCUGCAGACCAGGACUUCAUUUCAGUUCCAAAGUCCACGGAGCCAAUGGAAAUCGACUCUGAAGAAAGUGAAUCUGACGGAAGUUUCAUUGAGGUCCAGAGUGUACCUAGUAGUGAUGAACUUCAAGCUGAGUCACAUGAAGCUUCCAGACCUCCCUCUGAACAAGAUGAAGAGGAACCAGUAGGAACUGAGAAGGAAGAAGCCUCUGGUGACUCCGAGGGCCCCCUAAGACACAACUCUGGAAGUGAGGCCUUGGAUAUUGAGCCACGUGACGAAGCUGAAAAAGAUGCAGACAGUUCACUCAAUGAAUGGCAAGAUAUUAAUUUGGAGGAACUGGAAACUCUGGAGAGCAACCUGUUAGAACAACAGAAUUCACUGAAAGCACAAAAACAGCAGCAAGAACGGAUUGCUGCUACCGUGACAGGGCAGAUGUUCCUGGAAAGCCAGGAACUUCUUCGCCUGUUUGGCAUUCCCUACAUUGAGGCUCCCAUGGAAGCAGAGGCUCAGUGCGCCAUCCUGGAUUUGACUGAUCAAACUUCUGGAACAAUCACUGAUGAUAGUGAUAUUUGGCUGUUUGGAGCACGGCAUGUCUAUAAAAACUUUUUUAAUAAAAACAAGUUUGUAGAAUAUUACCAAUAUGUGGACUUUCACAACCAACUUGGAUUAGACCGGAAUAAAUUAAUAAAUUUGGCCUAUUUGCUUGGAAGUGAUUAUACAGAAGGAAUACCAACUGUAGGUUGUGUUACAGCCAUGGAAAUUCUCAAUGAAUUCCCUGGACAUGGCCUGGAACCUCUCCUAAAAUUCUCAGAGUGGUGGCAUGAAGCUCAAAAAAGUAAGAAGAUAAGACCUGACCCCUAUGACACCAAAGUGAAAAAAAAAUUACGCAAGCUGCAACUCACACCUGGCUUUCCCAACCCAGCUGUGGCAGACGCUUACCUCAAACCUGUGGUGGAUGACUCCAGGGGGUCAUUUCUGUGGGGGAAGCCAGAUCUCGACAAAAUUAGAGAAUUUUGUCAGCGUUAUUUUGGCUGGAACAGGACAAAGACAGAUGAGUCUCUGUUUCCAGUAUUAAAGCAACUGAACGCCCAGCAGACACAGCUCCGAAUUGAUUCUUUCUUUAGAUUAGCUCAACAGGAGAGACGAGAUGCUAAGGGUAUUAGGAGCCAGAGACUUAACAGAGCUGUGACAUGUAUGCUGAGAAAAGAAAGAGAAGAAGAGGCCAGUGAAAUAGAAGGGGUGUCUGUUGCCAUGGAGAAAGACUGUGAGUUCCCGGAUACGGCACAAGGAAAAACCCAGAAGAGAUGCAUGGCAAAUAAACGAAAAGAGUCAUCAAACCUGAAAAGAAAGAGGCUUUCAGAUCCUAAGCAAGCGAAUAAAUGUGGUGGGUUUCUGGGGGGCACCUGCCUUUCGCCGUCAUCCGGGGCGUCUUCUGGGGAGGAUGCUGAGUAUGUAUCUUUGGUGAACCUGCAAAGGGGGAAGGCAGCCGAGGAGCCCCCCAUCAGCCGUCCGGCUUUGCCAAGAGCAGGGCGCCCUGCUCCUGUCCGCGACGAAGACUCGACCAGCAGCAGCUCUAGUGAUGAUGACCAAGCAGGGACAGCACCAGUGCUGGUGACUGCCAGAUCUGUGUUUGGGAAGAAAAAGGGCAAACUGAGAGGUACCAGAGGGAGAAAGAGGAAAAGCUAA